GCUCUAUUUCUCCUCGUGGCCCUGCCCCUUUCAAGGGCGGAGCUGCGCCAGGUGCGGCCCCGGGGCGUGGCCGGGUUCCGGGAGCGCAGGUGCAGCUUCCGUGUCAAGAUGGCUGCCGCCUGUCGGUCUGCGGCUUGCCGCCGUCCAGGCCUCCUCUGCCGCCUACCCGCAGUGACCCAGCUGCUGUGCGUUGCCCUGUGUCUCCUGUGCUGGGUCCCGGCGACUGUGGACGCGGUCCCUGAGCUCGGGCUUUGGACGAGGACGGUCAAUAACAAAUCAGGACUUUUGAUAUUCAGAAAAACUAUGUUUAACUCUACUGAGAUCAAGUUUUCUGUGAAGUCGUUCAGUUGUUUUGGACCUGUGAAGUUUACCAUAGAGUGGCAUUUGAAGUAUCAUACCUGUCACAAUGAAUACCCUGAUCUGGAGGAGGAGCUUCAUGCUGAUACAGAUGUCUGUGCUUACUUCAAAAACACUGACUGUUGGACAACAAAAAGUGAAAACUUAGAUUGCAGUAGUGAUUCACAGGCAUUUCCUUCGUUAAAUAAUAAAGAACUAACAGGUAUUAGAAACAUUUCAAGCCAGGAAGGAUCUACGGAUGUUGUAGCCAGAACCCAGAAAGAUGGCUUCCAUAUCUUCAUUGUUUCUAUUAAAACGGAGAAAACAGAUGCAGAUUGGAAUUUAAAUGUUUCUCUUUCUAUGGUGGGUCCUCAUGGGUUCAUCUCUGCAUCAGACUGGCCUCUCAUGAUUUUUUACAUGGUGAUGUGUAUUGUUUACAUAUUAUAUGGUGUCCUCUGGCUACUGUGGUCUGCUUGUUACUGGAAAGAUAUAUUAAGAAUCCAGUUCUGGAUUGCAGCUGUUAUUCUUCUAGGAAUGCUUGAAAAGGCAGUUUUUUAUAGUGAAUACCAAAACAUCAACAGCACUGGACUGUCAACCCAAGGUUUACUGAUAUUUGCGGAGUUGAUAUCUGCAGUUAAGAGGACAUUGGCUCGCCUGCUCGUGAUCAUUGUGAGCUUGGGCUAUGGCAUUGUAAAGCCUCGGUUAGGAACAGUGAUGCACCGGGUGAUUGGACUGGGACUGCUUUACUUGAUCUUUGCAGCCAUUGAAGGCGUCAUGAGAGUCAUCGGGGGUUCUAAACAUUUAGCUGUUGUUUUGACUGACAUUGUUUUAGCAGUUAUUGACUCCAUUUUUGUGUGGUUCAUUUUUAUAAGUUUGGCACAGACUAUGAAGACACUAAGGCUAAGAAAGAACACAGUGAAAUUUUCAUUAUAUAGGCAUUUUACAAAUACGCUCAUCUUUGCUGUGCUGGCUUCUAUAGUGUUUAUGGUGUGGACAACAAAGACUUUUAGGAUGGCAAAAUGCCAAUCAGACUGGAUGGAGCUGUGGGUGGACGAUGCAUUCUGGAGCUUCCUCUUCUCACUCAUCCUUAUUGUGAUAAUGUUCUUAUGGAGGCCAUCAGCAAAUAAUCAGAGGUAUGCCUUCAUGCCCUUGAUAGAUGACUCUGAUGAUGAAGUCGAGGAAUUCAUGGUAACAUCUGAAAAUUUAACUGAAGGAAUAAAACUAAGAGCCUCAAAAACAGUUUCAAACGGAACCGCUAAACCUACAUCUGAUAAUUUCGAUGAAGAUUUGAAGUGGGUGGAAGAAAACAUUCCCUCUUCGUUCACAGAUGUAGCUCUCCCAGUGUUAGUGGACUCAGAUGAGGAAAUUAUGACCAGAUCUGAAAUAGCUGAAAAAAUGUUCUCUUCAGAAAAGAUAAUGUGAUCAGGGCCCCAGUGGGACCAGUGUGCGUGGGAGCACGGCUGGGUGAUGGGAAAAGCCUGGCUCUCGUCAAAACUGACAGCGUCGCUGUGAUGUGUGUUUCAUUUUGUUGUCUUGGAGAUCUGUGUAUGCAGAUGAAGAAUUCAGGUGUGGGAGGGUCUGCCACCCUCAGAAAGCCAUCUUUAAAACUGACUCAGAGUCAGUUUUGUUGCCAUUAAGUUGCCUGAUUUGGAAACAAUUUAAGAAGUGUUAACAACGUGUGUUCAGAUGCCUGGUUGGCAGCGGCCACAGGCAGGCCAGGUUCUGUGUCUCAGUCUUCUCUGCACAAAAGAAUCUGUAGCUGGGCGUGGUGGUAGCACACUACUGGCAGUCAAAUCUCAGUAAAUUCAAGGCCAAGUCUAGUUCUGGGACGGCCAGAGAGAGCUACAUAUUGUGAGACCCUGCUUCAAAAAACAAAAUCCAAAAAGAAAAAAGAGAAGAAUUUCUGUGAACACGAUUUCCCCUCGCCUUCAAGAUAACAUGAUUCCUCUGAAUGCUAACACAUCGGUGUUCUUUUGUAGUGAUAAUUUUAUUCGAUUUUUAUACUGAAGUGACAAUAUUGGAACUGAGCAUGUUCAUAUAUUUAAUCUUUCCCCUUUCACUGGUGUACACAAAGCUCUUGUUUGUAAGUACCACCAUGCACUGCACGUCACAGAGUCUGAGCUCGGAAACACGUGCGGGCAAAGAGAGACAUCUUGAGGGUGUGUCCAAAGACUUGCAGGCCACAGGUACACGUGCUGCUGCUACUUCUGCUGUGAGCCUGGCCUCAUACUCCCCUCAGCACUUUAUCCCGGCCCAGGGUGCGCUGUUUCUUGUGAGCCUCGUGGAGACUCGUGAAGUACCAGUUGGUUACACGACAUCUAACCAUACCGUGCAUCAACAUGUAAUUAACUAGCUCUCAACUGUAUCUUACACCUUGUUAAAUUAUGUUUAUAAUGUAUGAUUGAAAGUUUCUAUUCUAAUAUUUUUUGAAUAUAGUAUGUUCUAGACUUGAAAGGCACUUGAAUGUAGAGUGAUGAAAAUGUGAAUUUUUUGCCACUUUCGUGACCAAAGAUACCAGGCUGUUGGACAUGUAAUGUGGUAAUGACAGGCAGGGUCUUACAUGCCUUCUCUCUGGAGGGCUUCUGGCCUUGUAAGUCAGAAUAACGUGGGAUAAUUGAGAAACCAGGAAAUGACGAGGAGGAGCACUACCCGUGGCCUGUGAGGAGUUUCACUGUGGCACAAAACAAACCUUUUUCCUUUCAAAUGCCUACUUUCUGAGUUUAUUUCCUGCGUACUCGUUUCAAAAGGGUUGGUAGAGACAUAUUGCUAUAGUUAUGUGUCCAUUUGAGGUUUGUCAUAAUCCACCUUUAACCCAGUUCUUUGAAAUCUGGGGUGUCUUGCAGGGAGGAGCAUUGCAGGGUGUCACUGUGUAGCUCAGGCUGAAGUUGGACUUGUGAACCUCUUGCUAAGAUAGAGACGUGCACCACUAUGGUUCACUCACAUUCGUUUUUAAUACCUGUCCUCACUGCACCAUGCAGCUGACCCUCAACCCAACGCCUGCACAUGAGUGUUUCUGCUUAUAGCCAGCAGGAGCUACACACUGAGCAGUGUGAGUCUGCAGUUGAUGGCUGGGAAAAGCUUCUGACACCACCUCAUUGGUAUUUCUAAAAAACAGCAAAGACAAGUAAUGCUGCCUUGGGCAUAGCUCCAGACUGAAAUGAACUCUCUUCCCACCCAGAGAAAGUAGACUUCCACCUUAACCUCCUUAGAAGUAUUUUUGCAAGCAUGUGUGUGGUGUCUGUUGCAUUUAGUGAUAACUGUGCCAGGCGCUAGUGUUCAGUACCCUAAGGUGAGUAUUUCUUGGGGCCCUUCUUAGCCCCAGCAUGUGUCCCUGUGCUGUCACUGUAGCUCACAUGGACGGGAGGUCCACCCAGGACCACCAUGCAGCCCCUCAGCCUCCUUCCCCGGCUGCAUCAAAUCUGCAGACAGCAUUGGGACUUUCCCGGUGCUCAGCUCGGUGUCCGCUCCGGAUGCUGUUGGAUGGACCAGUCUUUGAAUUGAUAAGGCUCCAGCUGUGUUCACGCUUCUGGUUUUGCCUUCAUCUUAGAUUUGGAGGCAUAUGAAGUUUGCUUGAGACAUUUUUUCAUGAUUUGAAUUAGGUUAAUAUUUCAAAAUCUGCCUUCAGGGGUAUUUAUGACAUUUCAGUAAGAAACAGGAGGUGGAAAUUGUAAGCUUGGGAAAUGGUUGGAUACUCCCAUGCAUUUCCUGUUUUGUUUUUGUUUGUUUGGGGGGUUUUGUUUCUGUCCUGUGGAGAGUGCCAUGGCACAUCAUGUUUAUACUACUAUAAUGUCAAGAUUAAGCUUAAAGUAUAAAUACAGAGCUGAUUUUUAUAUCCUCUUGAAGGUUUGGGGCUGUUGCCCUGGCUGUAUAUGACUGAAGCUGAGAGAAAUCAUGCUAUGUUUUGUCUCUCGUUCUGAUCUUUGUGUCUUCAUAUGAUUGACAGCAUGCAGUAAGCAAUACAAAACACCAAGCCUUACAUCUAUCAGAAGUUUAAUAUAUAAAGUUCUGAACAUAUAAAUGUGUAGAAGUGACAAAACUAGGUUUCUAAGGAAGUGUGUGCUAUGGGACAGGAACCAAUACUGUAUUCAGAAGCUUCUUUAGAAUUAGGAAAACAUUUCUUUGGGGAGAAAGUUUAGAGGUUAAAAAUACAUUCUCUAUUUUAAAAAGUUAAGUUAUAAUUUGGGAGAAAUUUCUUUGAAUAUAGAACACAGCAAUUUAAAGGACUUUUGUUUGAAAUUUUGUAUUUUUGUGCCUUAAUAUUUGUUUUUUUAAUAAAUUGCUUUCUGAUGUUUGGA